AUGCAGGACAUUUCAUCGUGCAUCUACAGGUCAAACCCAGCAGACGAUGAGGUCAUCGACCUGGACGAGGUCCCUCUGCCACCACGGGCGCUCUCGCGUCGUUCGAGUGGCGAGCACGAGGAUGUCGCAGAGACCAGCAGGAGGAGGGCGUCCGGAGCCUCUGGGCCAUCGCAGCUGCAGACGCCCACAACGCUGCAGCCGUGGGUACCGUUCGCCCACAGCCCUUCGAACGAUAUCGACAUGGCGAUCCCUACGCCUAUCGAUGUUCGGCAUCCAACAGGGGCCGCUGACCGGCCACGUGAUGGACCCCGACGCCGAAGGGUAUGGGAGGAGUACACCAGCGAGCUGUGUGCCAUGCACCGGCCCUGGUGGAACUCCGUGACCGACGAGGUGGACAAUGCGAUGCGGGAGUCCGCCCUGCUCACUGUUGACAGCUGCAUCGCGGCCACGCGAAAAGCUUUGGCCUGCCGUAUCGUCAGCGGUGACUUAGGAAGCGACCAACCCGCAGUGUCUCUGCCCGGCGAGGGCGAGGAAGAGAAGGCGCAGGCAACCCCGAGCUCACCACGAUCAGGGGAGGGUGGAGCCGAUCUGCUCUCGCUGCCGGCGCUGGUGGUGGUGGCAAACGGCACUCGCUUCAGUGGCGUCACAAAGUUCGGCCGCAGCUCGUCCCGGAGGACGCUGGUGCCCGACUUUCCCAUGACGGAGCCCAUCGCCUCGCGUUCGCACUUCAACGUCGUGCACGACCAGGAGAGCGAUCAGUUCUACAUCAUGGAUGCGGGAUCGAAGUGGGGCACCUUCCUAAAAAUCAGUUCUAGCGCCACGCUGAACUGCGGCGACUGGAUCCGUGUAGGCGGAGUCGAGUUUAUCGUCCGCUUUUGCGGAGGUGGUUGCCGAUGCCAGAAGAGCCACCGGCACUACCGCCUACAUGCACUGCGGCUGACACGCCGCCGCGCACCUAUGAUGAGUCUCUCCAGGCUCACCCCGCACUUUCCGGAGAUCCAGGAGGAGGAGGCAUCGCCCAAGUCCAAGAAUCUUUCGAUCAAGGAAGAUGGUGCUACGUGUGAAGGUGCUUCCCGACCAGUGCAGGUGAGAAGGACGCCUACAGCAGAGCGGAUCGAGGAUGGUCCAGAGGAGGGCUCGUCAGACGAAGAGGCCCUAGCAGAAACCAGACUCGAGAGCGAGCUGAUGUUGACGCUCAGCUCCCGAAAGCCACGUGGGUGGCUGUCCACUGCGGUGCGUCACAGCCAGGAGGCAGCUAGCCGGCCACAUGAGGCUUCCUUGGCGCAGGAGGUGGGGAUCCGACAGCGCUGGGAUGCACAAAGGCCGGGCACCUGCAUGCCCAUUGCGCCCUUGGAGCUGGACUUCAUCUCAGGUCCCCGAAUGGGCGAGAAGAUCGUGCUUUGCGAAAGAGUCUGCACACUGGGCCGGGGUGAAGGCAAUACCAUCCAGGUCACGGACUCGCAGCUGACAUCGGUGUCUCGCGUGCACUGCAUCUUCGAGUUCUCCGGGAACCGAUGGCGGAUGCGAGACAACAGCUCGACAAACGGCACCUGGCGACGUCUGAGUUGCGUUUUGGAGCCCUCGGAGGCCGUGCCGGUGCACGGGCCGAUGUCCAUCCAGGCGCCUUGGAAGCCUCUCCUCAUGAUUAUGUUCGAUGCUGCUGCCAUUACAACUGCUGUCAUUCUGUUUACUACAAUGUGA